AUGGCUUCCUCCGCCGCCGCCGCCGCCUUCGUCGUCCUUCCCUUCCCCUCCCCAUCGUCCUCCGACGACUCCGACGACGCCAAUACCCUCCCUCCCCCGCCCGUGGCGGAGCCGGAAGUAGCCUCCCCGCACCGCCAUCCGCCUCCACAGCUGCAGCAGCUGGAGCGCGACUGCAACUUGGCAAUGAAGGAGCUGGCGCGCGCGGGGGACGUCGACCAGGUCGUCCACCUCUUCUCCGACCUCAUGCUCUCCGCCACAAGCGCCGGCGUCCCGCCCAGCGUGCUCUGCUACAACACGCUCCUCAACGCGCUCGCGGAGGACGGCCGCGCGGUGGAGGCCCGCAGGGUGUUCGACGGAAUGCUCGCGGCGGGCGUGGCGCCCAACGCGUCGUCCUUCAACAUCCUCGUCAAGCUGUACGCGUGGCGGACCGCCGAGUUCCAUCUCGCCUACGACGAGAUCCACGCCAUGCAGCGGCACGGGGUGGUGCCCGACGUCGGCGCCUUCUCCACGCUCGUCACGGGGCUGUGCCGGGCGGGGAAGCUUGACGAGGCCUGGGGCGUGCUCGAUUGGAUGCUGCAGGAAGGGUGCCGCCCCAUGGUGCACACGUACACGCCCAUCGUGCAGGGCUAUUGUCGUCAGGGCCGUAUUGAGGAGGCUACCAACCUGAUUGGCUUCAUGGAGGAGGCUGGUUGUCCUCCCAAUGCGGUCACUUAUAAUGUUCUGAUAAGGGCACUGUGUGACGAUGCCAGAUUUGAUGAGGUCAAGCAGGUGUUAGCAGAGAUUGAAACUAAGGGCCACAAGCCCAGUACGGUUACCUAUAAUAUAUACAUGGAUGCUCUUAGCAAGAAAGGCAUGGCUAAGGAAGCACUCAAGCAGUUUGAAGUCUUGCAAGGUAAAGGGUUGCAUCCCACAGCUUUUACUUUGAGCAUCAUUCUAAAUUGCCUUUGCUGUAACUCAAGGUUUUCACAAGCCAUUCCCAUCUUGGAGAGGAGCACAGAGUUAAAUUGGUGUGCUGCUGUUGUCGCUUACAACACUGUGAUGAGCAGACUGUGUGACAUGGGAAGAUGGCCAGCUGUUCUGGAGCUCUUGGCAAACAUGAUCAAGAAAUGUAUCGUACCAAACUCACGCACGUUCAACAUUUUUAUCCAUAGUCUUUGCAUCGCUGAAAAGCUUUCUGUAGCCAAGAAAUUGGUCUAUAAUCAAGGGUUUCCUGCAAAGGUUGUGACAUACAAUACACUCAUCCAUUCAUUUUACUUAAGUGGAGAGGCCUGUGAGGCGGAAAGCAUGUUUGCGUACAUGACAGAAGUAGCAAAUAUUGCUCCAGAUGAAGUCACCUAUACCAUAAUGGUUGAUGGAUUAUGCAGACAAGGAAAAUUUGAUAAGGCUACUAAUUGUUUUAAAGAGUCUCUCAAGGAUAGACUGUCAAAGGAUCUUCUUACUACCCUUCUAAACAGGCUUGCUCGCAGUGAUAGAAAUGGGAACAUCCUUGUUACAUUCCAAGAAAUUGAAAGACAAGGCUUUGUCUGUGGUUACAUGAUAUUUGAGGAUACGGUUAGAUCAAUCUGUCAGAUGAACUUCAGUUCACUCUCAGAGGUACAGCCAAGAAUAUACAAUUACAUUGUAUGUGUCACAGUAUCCAGAAUGUGGGAGUUCAGAGGCAAAACAAUGAAGAUGGAAUUAGUAAUGAGGAGGACCACCUUUGGGAAAAAUCUUUUUCUAAACACACAUGAGGAGAAUAGCCAGAUUGCACAGCAGGUAGCUGUAUUAAUCUCCAAUAUUGCACGCUUGGAUUAUCCAAAAGAGUGGUAUGUAUUUAUUAUACAGAUCACUGGCUACAUGUUUAGGUGUACCUGGAACCUUAGGAAGAGCAACGUGCAGACUUUCUAUGCUCUUGCAGCGGAAUGA